AUGAAAAGAUACAAAGGAAGACGAAUCUUUUAUCAGAGGGUAUCCGUCAAUAUAUUACGGGUUUGGACUGGGUAGAUUUGGACUGUAGGAAAUGUACUUUGUCGUAAAAACCAACAGAAUAUGUUAUUUUGCCACAAAAUUUCAACGAUGAAGUGAGUUCUUUCUAAGGUGGAUGACUUAAAAAACUGCCUUUACGUUUAGGACUAAGAGAUGCGUCAGUUCAACUUAGAGCAUAGAGGGGAUCCAGAGGCGGAUCCAGGAUUUAUUUUAGGAGGGGGGUGCACUCGUCUCUUGCUCUACUUCAACACCAAUAAACCACAUAGUUUUUUUUUUGCAGAAUACCAGUUGUAUUAGAAAACCGCAGGGAGGGGGGGGGGUGCGCACCCCCUGCACCCUCCCCCUAGAUCCGCCCCUGGGAUCCGCAGUUCAGGAACAAAUCGUUCACACACACAUCGAACAUCGCGCUGGAGCCUGUUUCAGUUAGCUGUUGACAGAGAGGGUUUGGUGAACCACAUCCCAAUUCUCACUUCUGAAUUCCUUGUCAGUGGAUUCCAGUCCACGCUACUACUUAUUCACUUCCGCUAAGGUGCGAAUCAGUGCCUGUUCAUACUGUACCAAAAUGUGGCACAGAACUUAUCCGAUAUGUGACGUUCCACUUGCUCUAUCGGCUCGCUCCGUCACAGAUAUUGCGCCAAAAUCACCUCAUGAUAGGGUUGUAGAAAAUAGAUUUUUAUUUGAAUAAUUAAAGCCAGUCUGUAGGCGAUAUCUAUGAAACAUCCCCCCAAAUUACCACUUGUUCCCUUUUUCUUUACAUUACUUAAGACAACGUUAACCAACCUUGUUAUGUAGGUGGUUACAAGGGGAACGGGGAACAAUGGAACAGAGGAACGGGAGAUUAAGGGGAACAAGGAGAACAAGAGGAACAUGGUAACAAGGGGAACAGGAGAACAGGGGAACAAGGGAAACAGGGAGAAGAGAGGUAACAAGGGAACAAUGGUAAUAGGGGAACGAGGGGAACAAGGGGAACAGGAAAACAAGGGGAACAAAGGAAAUAAGGGGAACAGGGGAACAAGGGGAACAGGAGAUCAACGAGAACAGGGGAAAAAGGGGAACAGGGACGAACAAGAACAGGGGAACAUGGGGAACAAGGGGAACAGGGAAGAACAAGAACGGGGGGAACAAGGGGGAAAAGGAGAACAAGGGGAACAGGGAAACGAGAGGAAUUAG